CAUAUAUAAGAAAAGAGCGAGAAUGAAAACAUUCUCAUCACAUUAUAUAGUUUUAGUAGUCCUUGUCCUGACUACAAUAGUAAUAAGUUCUUUGGAAGUUGAAGCUGGAACAUGUAAACCUAGUGGAAAAAUCAAAGGCAUAAAACCUCCACAAGGUAAAUGCAAGAAAGGUUUUAAUUCUGAUUGUUGUAAACCAGGAGAAUCUUACACAACAUACAAGUGUUCUCCCUCCAACCGUCGAACUGUUUUGACGACAAAUAGUUUUGAGAAAGGUGGAGAUGGCGGAGGGCCGUCAGAAUGUGAUAAUCAAUAUCAUUCUGAUGACACUCCUGUGGUAGCGUUAUCAACUGGAUGGUACAACAAUGGGAGCCGAUGUUUGCACAAAAUAAUCGUAAAAGGCAAUGGACGCAGUGCCGUGGCUAAGGUGGUAGAUGAAUGUGACUCGACCAUGGGCUGUGAUGGAGACCAUGACUAUCAACCACCAUGCCCUCACAACAUCGUCGAUGCUUCACCAGCAGUUUGGAAAGCGUUGGGUGUUCCUCGUGAAAACUGGGGCAACCUCGAUGUUACUUGGUCUGAUGCUUAAUUAUAUGCUAAAAUAUACUGUAUAAAAUAGAACUGGGGAAGUCUUUACCUAGUUAUGUUAAAAAAAAAAAAAAAGUUUGUAUUGCUGAAAUUUUC